CUGCGCACCCCUAUUAGCUGCGCAUCUCGCGUCUCGCGCGCUUCGUUAACACAACCACUUCUAAUUCAACUUAUUUAACAACUAUAACGUCUUUAUAGCUUAACGCGAGGCUUAGAUCGAGCUCGCUCUUACGGCUAUUCGAAUAGGAGAGGUUAGUUCGAUACGAGCCGCGUAACGCGCGUAUAACAUCCCCGAAUCUACGCUCCGCGCGCGUCUUAAUAGUAUAACGAAUCGACGUAUAACUCACUAAUACCGUAAGAGGCUCUCUAUUCGAUAAGAGGAGUUCCUAGUUAAGUGGAUCCUCGAAUAAGACGCUUAGGGCUUCCCCUCUACGUACGCUCGAACUCGCGAAAUGGCGACUCGAAUUCUUCAGCUUAGGAAUAAAUUCGUUACUAAAUUUAUUCGAGACAAUUUACGUAUUAGAUUAGUUAUUAGAAGGCCUAUUAAAGCUACUAGGAUUAAUAGAACUAACCCCGAGGUAAUAAAAGAGUUCUAUACGCUCUACGAAGAUAUUAUACGCUAAAUCUCGCGAAUAGGUCUUAAUUAUCGAAGUAGUCUCCCCCCUUAGUCGAUUUACGCGUCCCCUUAUAAUUUUUAAGGGUGUAGCACUAUAAACAAGUUAUUUUCUACAUAAUACACCUAACUAGCUAUAUAUAAGCUCUAAAAAUAGCUGG